AGGGUUAAGGGUGAAGGAGAGAGGGUGGUAGGUGGAUUUGACUGGUCUGGGUUGGUAGGCGUUGGUUCAGUGUGGCAUGGUUUAUGGUUUUCCUCUCAACAAUAUAACUAUAACUACAACCCCCUCCUACCCAAUUUCAUUGUUUAAGAGUCUCUCUUUCUCUCAACUACUCAGCACCCACCAACUUGCGAGACACAAAGAGAGAGAGAGACUCUUUUCUUCAAUUGAGUUAAUCAAUGAGCAUGGAAGAGUCGAACUCCAUGAAGAUUUCCCCUCUGGAUCUGAUGUCAGCCAUAAUCAAGGGGAGGCUGGACCCCUCCAACGCGUCGUCGGAAGCAGGCUCCAUUAUACUCGAGAACCGGGAGUUAGUUAUGGUAUUAACCACCUCCAUAGCGGUUCUGAUCGGCUGCGUCGUCGUCUUGAUAUGGCGGAGAUCCAACGCCCAAAAAUCAAAGCCGAUUGAGAUUCCAAAACGCUUGAUUGAGAAGGAGCCUGAGGAAGAGGUUGAUGAUGGUAAGAAAAAGGUCACCAUCUUCUUCGGCACUCAGACCGGUACAGCUGAAGGAUUCGCCAAGGCCAUAGCGGAAGAGGCAACAGUGCGAUACGACAAGGCCACGUUUAAAGUCGUCGAUUUGGAUGAUUAUGCCGCCGAUGACGAUGAGUACGAUGAAAAAUUGAAAAAGGAGACAUUCGCCCUUUUCUUUUUAGCCACAUAUGGUGAUGGUGAACCAACUGAUAAUGCGGCUAGAUUUUAUAAAUGGUUUACGGAGGGAAACGAGAGAGGAGAAUGGCUUCAGAAUCUUCAGUUUGCUGUGUUUGGCCUCGGGAAUAGGCAGUAUGAGCAUUUUAACAAGGUGGCAAAGGUAGUGGAUGAGGUUCUUGCUGAGCAAGGUGGGAAGCGUCUUGUCCCAGUGGGUCUAGGAGAUGAUGAUCAAUGUAUAGAGGAUGACUUCACUGCAUGGAAGGAAGAACUGUUGCCAGCAUUGGAUCAAUUGCUUAGAGAUGAGGAUGAUGCAACUAUAUCUACGCCUUAUACUGCUGCAGUCUUGGAGUAUCGGGUUGUCUUUCAUGAUCCAUUAGAUGCAACUGUUGAUGAAAAGUGGCAUAAUGUAAAUGGUCAUGCCAUUGUGGACGCCCAACAUCCAGUGAGGGCAAAUGUAGCUGUACGAAAGGAGCUUCAUACUCCUGCAUCGGAUCGAUCUUGCACUCAUUUAGAAUUUGACAUUUCUGGCACUGGAGUUGUAUAUGAAACUGGGGAUCAUGUUGGUGUUUACUGUGAGAAUUUUUCUGAAACUGUGGAAGAGGCAGUAAGGUUAUUAGGUUUGUCGCCAGAUACCUAUUUCUCGGUUCAUACUGAUAGCGAAGAUGGGAAACCACUUAGUGGAAGCUCCUUGCCACCUCCAUUCCCACCCUGUACUUUAAGAACAGCUCUGACUCGAUAUGCAGAUGUUUUAAGUUCACCCAAAAAGUCUGCCUUGCUUGCCUUAGCUGCCUAUGCAUCUGAUCCAUCUGAAGCAGAUCGUCUAAGACAUCUCGCCUCACCUGCUGGAAAGGAUGAAUAUUCAGAGUGGGUGAUUGCCUCUCAAAGAAGUCUCCUUGAGGUCAUGGCUGAAUUUCCAUCAGCCAAACCUCCAAUUGGUGUCUUUUUUGCAGCAGUUUCUCCUCGCCUGCAGCCAAGAUAUUAUUCAAUCUCAUCGUCUCCAAGGAUGGCUUCAUCCAGAAUUCAUGUUACCUGUGCAUUAGUGUAUGAUAAAAUGCCAACCGGAAGGAUUCAUAAAGGAGUGUGCUCAACAUGGAUGAAGAAUUCUGUGCCAUUGGAGAAAAGCCAGGACUGCAGUUGGGCUCCUAUCUUUGUUAGGCAGUCCAAUUUCAAACUCCCCGCUGAUAAUAAAGUGCCUAUAAUCAUGAUUGGUCCUGGCACUGGAUUUGCUCCUUUCAGGGGUUUCUUGCAGGAAAGAUUAGCUCUGAAAGAAGAAGGAGCUGAACUUGGCCCCUCCGUUUUAUUCUUUGGAUGCAGGAACCGUCGAAUGGACUACAUAUAUGAAGGCGAGUUGAACCACUUUGUUAGUAGUGGCGCACUUUCUGAGCUCAUUGUUGCCUUCUCACGAGAGGGACCCACCAAGGAAUAUGUGCAACAUAAAAUGAUAGAGAAGGCUUCAGAUAUUUGGAACAUGAUAUCUCAGGGGGCUUACAUUUAUGUGUGUGGUGAUGCCAAGGGCAUGGCUAGGGAUGUACACCGCACUCUGCACACAAUUGUGCAAGAACAGGGUUCUCUCGAUAGUUCCAAGGCUGAGAGCAUGGUAAAGAACCUACAAAUGACUGGCAGGUAUUUGCGUGAUGUAUGGUGAUGAUCUCUUAAUGAAAGCCGUGGAAUGACGAAGAUAAUAAAACGCGCGUAAAGAUGAGUUGUGGGUAGAUGAUAUUGGAAGGGCCUUAUUUGCGACGCCUUCCAUUAGUGCCCUCAAAGGCGAGAAGAAAGAGUGGGGAGGGGGGAGUCUGCAUGUUGUCUUCAAGGCAACAGUCCUAUGAUUCUUUUUCACUAUAUUUUUCAAAUGGAUUCUUUUUUGUUCGUGUAACUUAUACUUUGUUCAUACCUAGACAAUGAAGUAUUUACUUUAGUUUUCUUGUAUUGUAUGAACCUGUAAGGGUUCAGAGACACGGACAAUUCCUUAUAUUAUAUGAAACCUAUAAAAGUGUUGGGAGAUAAAGAAACUAUCGUUUC